AUGGUAAAAGUCAAAGACCUAAGACUUGGAGGUCUAUACCGCUCAUUCCAACUGGCAAUCUUUGUGUAUAUCUUAUAUUCAAUAGUUAUUAGCGAAGGGUAUUUACACAAGGAACCACCAGUUAACGGCGCGGUCAGAAUCUCACUUCAAGCACCACAGGCAUUGUCAACCCCGCAAUAUUGCAACAACCCUCUUCCAUGUGUAUUCUGGGGAGCAAACGAAAUUCAAUAUCCGUCGGAUAAUGCAGGCGUAGCCUUUCUAACAACCCGAGCCAUAGUUCGCCGGUACAUCCCCGCAACUGGCUGUAAUUUCCUAACGCCAUCCACACCGACCGACAGCUGCGUUUUUAACGAAAAAACGACACCGUUCGAAAUCAUUGCCAACCAAUCGUACAUUGGCGACAUUGAAGACUACACACUGAUGAUAGAACACUCCAUCCGGGGCAAAGCGACAACGAUCGCUGUUCGCAACGGCCUGAUGGACGGCAAACUCAUGGCGGCCGACGGCAAGACAGUAGUCAAGUCAUGGACGAACGCGACGCGAAUGGACGAAAACCCAUACGCGGACGGAGACAUUAUCAAAGUAUCCGAUCUACUAACUGCCGCCGGAGCGGAUUUAGAGGCACCGUCGACCGCACCGGGUGCCAACAGAACGGCCGGCGAAACGUACAGAUCUUCGGGAAUCGUCAUUGUGAUUGUGAUUGAAUACAGUAACGUGCAAUUCAAAGGGGAUAAAUUCGCGUACGCGUAUCUUCCUCGAGUCAUAGAUGGAAACGAGUACAAGGCGGUCGAGAGUCUGUAUCAGUCGGACGGGUCGUACAUACUAAAAGAGAGACAUGGCAUUCGAUUGGUGUUCCAGCAGCAUGGGGAAAUUGGACAAAUCAGCUUGAUUUCAUUGCUCACAAACAUCGUUGCCGCUUUCGCUCUUUUCAAAGUGGCGACUAUCAUAGUGGAGAUUCUGAUGCUGAACAUCGUACCGGAGAAACAUAUCUAUGAAAAGGCAAAGUUUGAAGUGGCAGCGCCUGGCUUUGACAAUACGUAUUCGAAGGGAUCUGUUAUUGAGAUGGAAACUUAG